CGCCUCCUUUGGCGAGGCCCCUCCCCCGGUCCGCCCCGGCGGCGCGGUGACGCAAAGGUGACGCCCGGCGGAGCUGUCCGCUCAGCACCGCCAGCAUGCGCGGGGGCCGGGAGCGCCGCGCGCCGCGGGGCCGCUGCCGCGGGGCCGGCGGCGCAGCUGGGGCAGGUGCCAAGGCACAGCUUUGCUGGCGAGCAGUGGGGCAGGAGCAGAGAUUUUGAUGCCUCUCCCGGGAGUCCCCAGAGCCAUGACUGCAACUGUGCAAACACUGCGGUUCAAGCUGCUGCCACACGAGCCGGGCCAGGAGUGGGGGCACAGCUGCCAGCAGGAAAUUGAGCGUCGCUACCAGGUGGUACCCUCAGUGGUGUGCGCCAUGUGCUGCCUCUUUGGCAUCAUCUACUGCUUCUUCGGCUACCGCUGCUUCAAGGCCGUCAUGUUCCUGACCGGGCUGAUGUUUGGCUCCAUCAUCAUCUUCAUGCUGUGCUACAAGGAACGGGUGCUGGACACGCAGCUGAGCGUGGAGGCCUCAGUGGGCAUCGGGCUGGGCAUCGGGGUCCUGUGCGGGCUGGUCACCAUGCUGGUGCGCAGUGUUGGCCUCUUCAUGGUGGGGCUGCUCCUGGGGCUGCUGCUGGCAGUGGCCACACUGGUGGUGAUGGAGCAGUUCUACCACCCGCCGACGGUGUGGAUCCCCAUUGCACUGCUCCUGGGUGUGGGGAUGCUCUUCGCUGUCCUCACCUUACAGUGGCAGCGCUUCUUCACCACCCUCUCCACUGCCGUCUUCGGCAGUGCUAUCAUGACCGUCACCGUUGACUAUUUUAUUGAGCUCUUCCUCCUGGUGCAGUACAUCUACGAGCGCAUCAAGGUGGCCCCUGCUCGCCCUGUGUGCUGGUACAGCUGGGUCAUCCUGGGCAUCUGGCCACUCCUCACCAUGCUGGGUGUCCUGGUCCAGUGGAAGGUCACAGCUGAAGGCUACUCUCAUACUGAAGUAAUCAUCAGCCGGCAGCAACGCCGUGUACAGCUGAUGCGCAUCAAGCAACGGGAAGACCGAAAAGAGAAGAAGAAGAAGCGAAGACCCCACCAUCCGCCACCCCACCAGCACAAAGCCCACCUGCCUGAGCCUGCCUACCGCCGCAAGCCCAACCCUGUACGCCGCUUCGAUGGGGACGUGCUCUCCCCUGUGAGUCCCGCACCCAGGAGCUACAUCCAGAGUUUCCGAGAGCGGCAGACGGGGCCAGCCCUGAACAGCCUCAUUGCCAGCACGCAUGCCGUGGUGGACCUGGACUAUGACUGCAGCUCCACCGUGCCCCUCACCACGGGCUCCGGCCCUGCCGUGCGGGUGUAAGCCAACCCAGUGACCUCGAGCAACACCAGCACUCCAGCCUGCUCUGGCAGACUCUCUGGGACAGGCAGGGCUGUGCCCUUGGCCUUGGGCAGCCGUGCGUGCCUCAGGGCUGUGGAUGGCGACCCUUGCCCGGGACAUGUGGGACUUGGCUGGGCAAGCCCCUGCUGCCUGCGGAGCCCAGAGGCAGUGGGGGAGCCCUCCAGCAGGGGUUCAGCCCAAGGACCAGGGACACCAGCACCCAGGGACACAUGGUGCAAGCGGCUCUGCUGGCGCGGGGCAUCCCUGAGCCCCUGCUGUUGCGUGUUUCCCCAUUGCCUGGACAUGCUCAUUUUGCAUCCCAACAUCUCCCUCCUCAUGUUUGAGCCCCCAUUUCCCGUGAGCAGUUCCCUGCGCCUGCCCCCACCCCAUCACACACCCCCAGCGACUCCCCAAGUGCCUGUGCCCCACAUCCCUUCCUCAAAGAGCAGGUCUAACAGCCCUUGUUCCCCCCCCAGGGAUUCUCCCAAGCAUGUAUGCCCUGUCCCACUCUGUCCCUGAGAGCAGCUCCCAGGCAGUGCUUCCCAAAACCUGCCUCCUCAGAAGGUCCCCCUGCCCUGGACACACUCCCUGUCCCCCAGAGUGGCUUGCCUCCCCGCCUUUUCCAAAGCUGGAUGGGGGUGGUCCUGGGGCUGAGGCUGCCAGGGCCAGGUGGUUCCUGUGAGGGUGCUACACUGGGGUGAUGCCACGUGCACCUCCCCAGAAUGUUUUAAUGGGAGAUGGGACGCUGGAUCCAGCCUUUGGGCAGAGGCUGGGCUGCCUCAGGGACGUGGGGACCCCCGUGGUAUCAGAGGCCGUCGCUGUUUUGCUGGCGACUGGAUUUUAUAGUGGCCGGGGGGUGGGAG